AUGGAUACUAUCCGGUCGCAAACCCAGGGAUCUAACUCCCAAAACUCGAUCCCAUCGGAUCAGAUCACCUCGAACAUCAGUAGCAGCCAAACUGCUGAUGCAUCGAGAGAUCAGAUCGCGUCGAAUGUUGGUAGCCGCCAAACUGCCAACACUUCGAAUACGCCGAUCACAUCUGCUACCGCCUCCACUGGAGUGCAGCUUAGCACUCCACCUCGCGUGGAACCAGUGGUGAUCAAUCUCGCCACACCGGUAGCAACCCCGAGCCCGAUUCUACCGAAUCUGGGUUCGCACACCAUCGAGAGACCUCUCUCUCGAGUUUGGGUCAGAUCGGAAGAUCCCCCAACAACUGUGACUCCACAGAGUCGGACUAUUCCUGUUCGACCUGCAUCUGCGACGCAAACUCCUCCGCGAGCUAGUCCAGAUGAUCUGGCACAGAUCAAACAGCUUCUCACCAACCUGGUAAACGGUCAGCGCGACCACGAAACUAGGCUGGAGAGACAUGAGAGACGCCUCGCUGAAUCUCGAAACAUCACUAGCCCGCCUCCGCGGACUCAGCUCGAUUUUUCGACGAUCUACGCAUCUGGCAUACCUCAGGCGCAAUUCGUUACGCCUUCGCGACCUCAAGUCUCUCAGACUUUCGGUCCACCGAGCUCGCCAUCAGUUGGCAUAAAUAAUACGAGCUCGCACCCAAGCGAGACGAGAGCUCAACCGAACGUUCCGCUCUCAUCUCCACCCCCAGGGCCACCUGGUACCGAUCCAGCUAGGCCUAGGUGGUUUGGCGCUUCAGCUUUUGCCUCGAGCUCGCAGGCAAUGCCUCAGUUUGAGAAUCAGCUAGGCGCGACAUACGGUUCACAGCCCUCCGCAACAGCGCGAGAGCACGUGAACGGGAAUUAUCAACAAUUCCCUAGCUCGAACGGUCAGCCCAAUCGAGCUCAGUUCCAAGGAGCUAACGAUUCCAUGAAUCAAGCUCCAUUCUUUCCGAUUCCAGCAAAUCGGAAUCCAGCUGAUCCGCGUAACCUCGUCGACAGCGAAUCUUUCGAAAGAUUCCAAGAUCGCACAGACCUCGCGUUUCAGCAUAUGAGCUCAAUGUUUCAUCAAGCAACGAGCUCAGCUCCUGAUAUCGACAGAGUUCCUAAAACAGAAUCACUUCGAUCUUACAUUGACAGAUUCAAAUCAGUCAAAGCUAAGAUCACAAACCCUAAUGAGGCAGUAGCUCUACUUGCCCUCAAAAACAACUUGUGGUACGAAUCGAAAUUUAGAGAAGAACUAACUGUUCGACCUACAAUUUCACUAGAUGACGCAUUACAUCGCGCAUCAGCAUUCGCAACUCUCGAGGAAGACACAGCUCUCCUCAGAGAAAAGUACCUCAAAGGGGAGCUCGCAUAUGCUCCACCAGGUGCUAAGAAAACUGCACCAGCUAAACCACCUUCGCAGAGUAAAGGACAACAUUCCUACUCUAUCGAAACUUCAGCUCCCAUAAAGAGCUCGGAGGAAGAAGAGAAACACUGCGAUAUUCACAAUACAAACGGCCAUUCCACAGAGGAAUGCCGUGCUAAAGGCAAAAAGUCUAGCAAAAAGAAGGGAAAAAGCAAAACAGCUGAAACCGCGGUUAAGGCCGAAAAGCCAAAACCCAAACCAGCUAAAGACUCCGACAACGCACCUCAGAAAAGAGAACGCGAAGUCGAGGUCGAAGCCCCCGAUUCCCCUCCUUCUAACAGGAAAAGAAUCGACCUAAUCUUCGGAGAGCUCAGCCUUUGCGGCGGCUCAACGAGAUCCGUGGUCACCCCCCCACCCGCUCCUAGAAAGGCUACGAGCUCUAGCUCACACAGACCUCCUAGACUUGUCGGGGGGAUAGAGCAUUCUUACAGAAGCUCGCCUGUUACAUCACCUACCUCCAGACCCGAUACUAAGAGCAUUGCGAUCUCUUGCUUACGCAGACUUCACAAGCUCUCGGGGGGAGUAGAGCCACCUACCCCUAAACGAAUUGACUUCAUUUGCGGUGGCUCGAAGAUGUGCAAAGACUCGAUUAACUCGAUCAAAGCACAUCAGCGACGGGUCGAGUCAUCUGGACAACCACGUCCUCUAGACGGACCUGAUCACGAAAUCAAAUUUCGAGAAAGCGAAACACUCGCACUCGAUAAACCUCAUGACGAUGCACUCGUAAUCGAGCUCGCCGUAGCCGGAUUCGAGCUGACCAGAGUCAUGAUAGACACAGGAAGCUCUGUAGACGUGCUGUUCUACGAUGCUUUCAAGCGAAUGGGAUUCGAAAACUCCGCACUCAUAGGAGGCCGUACGCCCCUAACUGGGUUCGCAGGAGAAACGACCUAUUCCAUGGGAACUAUCCAGCUCCCAAUCAAAGCAGGUGGUAUAACGAAAACAGUUGACUUUGUGGUCGUAGAUCGCCCCGCGCCAUUCAAUGCCAUUCUCGGCAGGCCGUGGCUCUACACCAUGAAAGCAGUUGCAUCCACUUACCACCAAUGCGUCAAGUUCCCUACACCUUGGGGGACAAAAACAAUUCGCGGUUGCCAACGAGCUUCCCGAGAUUGCUAUAUGGGCAGCUACUUGCGAGCUGAAAAAUCGCCAGUUUGCAUCGACGAAACCGACCCCGAAAGGCGCGUUGGUAUCGGAAUCGAUCUCGCAAAACCUAUCCGUGACGAGCUGAUCGCCUUCCUAAAGGAAAACAUCAGCACAUUCGCAUGGUCCACCGCGGACAUGCCCGGGAUUGACACUAGGAUCACGUCUCACGAGCUGAACGUAGAUCCCACGUUCAAACCCAUGAAACAAAAACGUCGAAAACUCGGCCCAGAUCGGGCUAAAGCAGUAAACGACGAAGUAGACCGACUACUCAAGGUAGGCUCGAUCAGAGAGGUGAAAUACCCCGACUGGCUAGCUAAUCCUGUAGUUGUCAAAAAGAAAAACGGAAAGUGGAGAGUCUGUAUCGAUUUCACAGACCUUAAUAAAGCUUGUCCAAAAGACAGCUAUCCACUUCCUCAUAUAGAUCGCUUGGUCGAAGCUACGGCUGGUCACCAGCUCCUAUCCUUCAUGGAUGCGUUUUCUGGGUAUAAUCAAAUCAAGAUGAACCCAGAAGAUCAGGAGAAAACAGCUUUCAUAACAGACCGAGGUACUUACUGCUACAAAGUAAUGCCAUUCGGGCUAAAAAAUGCGGGAGCUACAUAUCAGCGCCUCGUAAACAAAAUGUUUGCCGAUCAGCUCGGUAAAACAAUGGAGGUGUACAUAGACGAUAUGCUGGUCAAAUCCUCUAGGGAAACAGACCACGUCGCACAGCUCCGGGUAUGCUUCUCCAUACUUAACAAGUACGGCAUGAAGCUGAACCCGACUAAGUGUACAUUCGGAGUUCCGUCUGGCGAGUUCCUCGGUUACCUAGUAACUGAACGCGGAAUCGAGGCGAACCCGAAGCAAAUCUCUGCCCUCUUAGAUAUGCCUUCUCCAGAAAAUACUAGAGAAGUACAACGGUUAACCGGUCGAAUAGCAGCCCUUAAUAGGUUCAUUUCCCGGUCAACCGACAAGUGUCUUCCAUUUUACCAGCUCCUCCGAGGAAAUAAAAAAUUCCUCUGGGACGAAAAAUGCGAAGAAGCUUUCAAACAGCUCAAAACUUACCUCAGCGAACCUCCUAUACUGGCAAAACCAGUAGAAGGAGAACCGCUAUACCUUUACAUCGCGGUCUCGCCUGCAGCGGUCAGCGGGGUCUUAGUUCGUGAAGAGCUAAACGAACAAAGACCAAUCUUUUACGUAAGUAAAUCCCUGAUUGAUGCCGAGACUAGAUACCCAGCUAUGGAAAAACUUGCCUUAGCAAUAGUAAUGUCCGCUCGCAAGCUGCGACCUUACUUUCAAUCACACACAAUCGUGGUGAUGACCUCGCAACCAUUGCGAACUAUGCUACAUAGUCCAAGUCAAUCUGGACGACUAGCUAAAUGGGCUAUCGAGCUCAGCGAAUACGACAUCGAAUAUCGAACUAGAACCUGUGCUAAAGCCCAGGUACUAGCUGAUUUCAUGAUCGAGCUGGCACCGGAAGCCAAUAACGAUACCACCCUCUCUAAAGUUUGGACACUCUUCGUAGAUGGAGCCUCGUCCAAACAAGGAGCUGGCGUCGGAAUCAAACUCACAUCUCCAACCGGAGAAGUGAUCGAACAAUCGUUCAGACUCGGAUUCGUCGCCUCUAACAAUGAGGCCGAAUACGAGGCACUCAUAGCCGGACUCCGACUCGCAAUCGGGAUCGGCGUGAAUGAGAUCAACGCAUUCAGCGACUCCCAGCUCGUUACUAGCCAAUACAGCGGCGAGUACGAAGCAAAAGAGGAGCGCAUGGAAGCUUAUCUCAAAGUAGUUCGAGAUUUAGCUGGACAAUUCAGUAAAUUCGAACUAACUAGGGUGCCUAGGGGAGAGAACACUUCGGCUGACGCCUUAGCUGCUCUCGCCUCCACUUCGGACCCAACUGUAAGACGUGUGAUCCCAGUCGAAGGCAUAGAUAAACCUAGCAUCGACAUCGCACUCAAGUCUGACAGUAUAAACGCAAUUACCUCGCGCCCGUCUACUCGUUCUCAAACUAGACAGUCCCAAGAUCCGGGACCAUCUAACCCGGAACCUGAUUCCGAGGAAGAAGAACCUGACCAAGAUAGGCAAAAAACAAGGUAUAUCGAUUCGGACUCUUCGCAAAAUACGCAAGAGUCCACGAUCCAUACCGUCCCAUCUGCUAUGGCGAACGAACUCACCUUAAAGGAAGAGUUCGCUGCGAGACCCGACUGGAGAACUCCUAUAAUCGAGUAUAUCCAGCUCGGAGCCGUCCCUAACGAAAAAUGGGCAUCUCGCAAGCUAAAAGCCCAAAGCGCACAUUAUUGCAUGAUGGAAGAUAAGCUCUACAAGCGAAGCCUUAUCGAACCAUAUCUAACAUGCAUCCAUGGCGAAGAAGCUUACACCGUAAUGCACGAGACUCAUCAAGGACCUUGCGGAAGUCAUUCCGCAGGUCGAGCUCUCGUCAUACGGAUUAAAAAGCUAGGCUACUUCUGGCCGACGAUGAUCAGAGACUGCGAACAGUACUCCAGGCGAUGUGACAAAUGCCAAAGGCACGCCCCAAGCAUUCACGUCCCAGCUGAAACACUCUCAUCGAUCUCUUCACCUUAUCCUUUUAUGAGGUGGUCUAUGGACAUAAUAGGACCUAUGGUCUCUUCGGGACCAAAGCAAUUCCAAUACCUAUUAGUCCUUACUGACUACUUCACUAAAUGGAUCGAGGCCAAACCAUACCAACAAACGACCGAACUCGAGGUCCGGAAAUUUAUCUGGAAAGACAUCAUUUGUCGACACGGGCUCCCUUUCGAGAUCGUGACAGAUAACGGAUCUCAGUUCAUAGCUCGAACAUUCAAAGACUUCUGCAAGAAGUGGAACAUACGCAUAACGUAUUCCACACCUCGUUACCCUCAAGGGAACGGGCAAGCUGAAGCAACAAACAAAACCCUCUUGAGUAACCUCAAGAAACGACUCGACGCCCGUAAACAUAGGUGGUCCGAAGAGCUCGCAGCAGUUCUUUGGGCUUGCCGAACUACACCUCACAAAGCUACUCAUGAGACCCCGUUCUCAUUAGCUUACGGGCUAGAGGCCGUCAUCCCAACUGAAACUUCCGUUCCAAGUCUUCGCAGGAUGCAAUGUCCAGCGAACGUCGAGCUGAACGAAGAAAUGUUGAGAGAUCACCUUGACCUUAUCGACGAACGUCGAGAUCAAGCUCUGAUCCGGAUACAAAACUAUCAACAGGCCGCAGCUCGCUAUUACAACUCCAAGGUUAAACACCGGAGCUUUCAUAUAGGCGACAUGGUUCUGAGAAAAGUACAAGACUAUACCAAAGAGCGCAAUGCAGGGAAACUUGGGACCAACUGGGAAGGUCCCUACCUCAUUACCGAAGUAGUUCGCGAUGGCGUCUACAAGCUCACAAAAGUCAGAAACGGAAUACCUGAACUAAGACCUUGGAAUGCGAUGAACCUGAAAAGAUCGGAAGAUCGAGAUCACCUCGAUAUUCCCCUUUCGAACGAAGUGAGGUUCAGAGUCCACCUCUUUACCUUCAAUUUCUUACUUCGCAAAAACCAAUCGAAGUCCGCAGCGUCCAAGCAUCCAGCGUAG